AUGUACAACGAUCCAUGUCUCGAGAAGGCGCGGAAUAGCAUCGAGAAACCUCCCCCAGGGGUUCCUCAAGGUGUUAUCAUCCCUGGCUCUGAAAAAGAUGGAAGGACUGGUGUAUAUCGCCACUGGAGAGCUGCUGAGGGAGAGUUAUUGAAAACUAUCGAUCCUGAGAUUACAACCAUGUUCGAAGCUUUCGAGGCAGCUAGCAGAAAAUGGCCAGACAAUAAAUGUUUAGGAUGGCGUGAGCAGGAUAAGAAGACAGGUGUUUGGGGACCGUAUCUGUGGAUGGAUUAUCAGACUGUUCAGAAGCGACGUACGGACUUUGGCGCUGGUUUGGUUCAUUUACACCAGUCAAUAGGCCUUACAAUAGAUAAAUACGGUAUUGGCAUAUGGUCUGCCAAUCGCCCAGAGUGGCAGAUCACAGAUCUAGCAGCAAUGUCACAGUCACUCUACACUGUGAGCAUUUACGAUACACUAGGCCCUUCAGCUACUGAGUAUAUAAUCAAUCAUUCUGAGCUUAACUGCGUAGUCGCAUCUCUGAAUCAUAUCCCCACCUUACUCUCUCUAAAGGAACGACUUCCUACACUCAAAUUUAUAAUUUCCAUGGAUCCCCUCGAAGACGGCGAACCAGUAGGAAACACAAAGAAAGCCCUUCUUGGGGCAUGGGCUGCAAAGGAAGGUGUUCAGCUAUACUCUAUUUACGACGUUGAGCUCCUUGGCCAGCAACAUCCCAAACCAUUUGCGCCCCCGAGUCCUGAUGAUGCAAUUACAAUCAACUACACCUCGGGGACCACGGGUUUCCCUAAAGGUGUACUGCUAACUCACAUGAAUGCUGUCUGUGCUGCUUCAUGUGCGCACCUAUCGCCCAUGUACCAAAUGCCUGGCGAUUUCUCCCUCUCUUAUCUUCCACUUGCACAUAUAUAUGCCCGAGUAACGGAACAUGCACAAUUAUGGUCUGGCUGUGCAAUCGGCUACUGGCAUGGCAACAUUCUCGAGCUCACUGAUGAUCUGAAAGCGCUCCGACCCAAUACCUUCAUCUCUGUCCCUCGUCUCUAUAAUCGCUUUAACAGCGCCAUCAAAUCCUUAACUAUCGAACAAGGUGGUGUUAAAGGUGCGCUGUCUCGAAAAGCAGUAGACACAAAACUUGCAAAUCUUAAAUCAUGUGGCUCAAACAAGCAUGGCCUCUAUGAUCGUCUCUGGGGUAACAAGGUCCGCACUGGAAUCGGUUUUGAUCGUCUUCGUGCUUGCGUGAGCGGAAGUGCUCCCAUUGCGCCAUCCGUUAUAUCGUUCCUCCGGAUCGUUUUCUCGAAUAAUUUCAUCGAAGGCUACGGUCUCACGGAAACCUAUGCAGUCACUCUUGGGCAGCUUGCACAAGACAACAGCGCCGGCAAUGUUGGCCCUCCUACAUUCGCCGCCGAAUGCGUUCUCCGUGAUGUUCCUGAAAUGGGUUACACCUCAAAAGAUAAACCUUACCCCCGCGGAGAGCUCCUUACUCGUGGUCCGAUGGUCUUCAAAGGCUAUUACAAAGCUCCUGAUAAGACUGCUGAGGUCCUAGAUGCAGAUGGCUGGUUUGCAACCGGCGAUAUUUGCAAAGUUGAUGAAUUAGGUAGAUUUAGCAUCAUCGACCGUGUGAAGAACCUCCUCAAGUUAGCACAGGGCGAAUAUGUUUCUCCGGAAAGGGUCGAAAACGCCUACCUAGGCAGCAUGAAUAUCUUCCAACAAGCCUAUGUCCAUGGUGACUCAUUCCAGCCAUUCCUAGUGGCAGUAAUGGGCGUGGACCGUGAAAACUUCUCAACAUUUGCUGGAAAGGUCCUUAAGAAGACGAUAGCGCCCCUGGAUACAGAGGCUGUCACUGCUGCAUGUGGAGAUAUCGUAGUUCGCAAGGCUGUGCUAAGGGAGAUGGACAAAAUCAUUAAGAAGAAUAAGAUGACAGGUUUCGAGAGGGUGCGGAACGUACACCUCUGCUUGGACCCUUUCACUAUUGAGAAUGAUUUGUUGACACCUACUUUAAAACUCAAACGCCCGCCCGCUGCCAAGGCAUUCAAGGAACAGAUCGAUGCUUUGUACCAAGAAGCAUUGGCAGAGGAACCGAAGAAAUCAAAGCUAUAA